AUGUACCGCUUCUUCAUUUGAUGGAUGAAAAAUAAACCUUCCAGCAUUAAAAUUAUAUUGUGUAUGUAUACAUGAAACCUUGCCAUGGGAUCAAUACCAUUCGCCUUGCUGCUUAUUGUUAGCGCUGCUAGGUGCAUUUUUGCCAGUCGUGAUUGGAGAAUUCAAAGAUUAAAUCAAUUUCAGCAGAAAUACAACAAUAGUCAGGCUGAUAUAAUAUUUCUACUCGAUGUUUCUGGAAGUGUCAGCGACAGUGGUUUUCAUACGGAAAAGGAGUUUAUAAAAUCUCUUCUGAGUGAGAUUAGCGUGCAACCUAUCGCUUCAAGAGUCGCUGUAGUGUCUUUCGGCAGACAUGUGAAAGAAGAACUUGACUAUAUAGACUAUAGCUAUCUUGAUAAAGAUAAAUGUACGUUCACAAAGGAGUUUGGAAGGGUAAAACAUAGAAAAGGCAGUGCUACUAACAUGCAAGGAGCUCUAGCUCGUGCUAAGCAAAUUUUGGAUGGAGCAAACACUAACAAAGUGAAGCGAACGCAUGUAAACACUGUUGUGUUUCUGCUGACUGAUGGUCAUUGGAACUACGGAGGGUCACCCUACAGUACUGCCAAUGUUUUGAGAGAUCGCAGUAAAUACGACGUGGAAAUCUUUUCCGUUGGAGUUGGCUAUGUUUCCAAAUAUCAACUAAAAAUGAUUUCUGGCUCAGAAGCGAAUGUUAUAGUAGCUCGAGAUUUUUCUGAAUUUGCAAGUUUGGCUACCAGAAUAAGAGGAGAUCAAAUUGAGAAGUUGUACAAAACUGUUGACCAAUCAUUGUGUGGCAUUACAUGUGAUCCAAAAGCAAGAUGUUCCUGUGGCACCAUAAGUGGUAUUUACACUUGUGCUUGUCCUCCUGGACAUUAUGGAUCUGGCCUUAUGGGCAAAUGUUAUCGUUGCCCAGCUGGAACGUACAAGACUUACUCAUCACCAGAUCCUUGUAAACCUUGUCCACCAAAGUCAGUUACAAAAGUCACUGGUUCAAGAUCUAUUCAUGAUUGUGUUUGUUUACCUGGAUUUACUGGGUAUCCAAAUUUGGGAAAACCAUGUACACCUGUACAAUGUCCUGCAUUACCAAACCAUAUCAGUAAUGGCAAAGUGUCAUCCUGUGGAAAAUUCUUUAAAGAGACUUGUACAUUUGUCUGCAACUCAAACCAUCAUAUUGCAAAUGAAGUAGCUUCCAGCAGAAAACUCACUUGUCAAAUGAAUGGAAAAUGGAAUAUGCCAAUGCCUCAAUGUGUUCCUACGAAAUGCCAAUGGCCACCAAACCCUCCUCACAUGAAGUUGAUGUGUAAUGGUAAUGGCGUUGGAAAUAAAUGUUCAUACACAUGUGAUCAAGGCUAUACAUUAGUUGGUGCAAAUGAACGAGAAUGUAGAUCUGAUGGACAGUGGAGUCAUGCCUUGCCUUUUUGUCAAAUAAUCACUUGUCCAACAGUUCGAAAAAUAGAUAAUGUGAAUAUCAAUCCAGUGAAAUGUUUAACAGCAACUACUAAUUUUAAUGACGCAUGCGCAUACUCUUGCAAGUCAGGUUUUAAAUUUGUAUCUGGUGACCAGAAAAGAGUUUGUUUACAUGAUGGAACGUGGAGUGGAACCGAACUAAUGUGCAGAGAUCUGACACCACCUACAAUAAUAUGUCCUGAACAUGUAACUGCUGAAACGGAAGAUGGUCAAGCCUUCAAAGAAAUAUCUUACGCAGAACCCACUGUUCGCGACAACUCCAUUACUGGCCAAGAUGACAUUGUAAUUUACCAAGACCCACCAACAAUUAAAUCACCAUAUGAAUUUCCAAUUGGUGUAACACUCAUUAAUUUUACAGCUGUCGAUGCUGCUGGCAAUUCAGAUUCCUGCACAUUUCGUGUUGAAGUUAUUGAUCGGGAGUUACCAAAAUUUACAUACUGUCCUAGCGAUCUUCCAACCACAACAUCAAGUGCAUCAGACACUAGUAAACGUGUCAGCUGGGACCAACCAAGCUACACUGACAAUUCUGGUAGUGUUAAACUGAUUUACAACUCACAUCAAAAUCCUUCAACGUUUCCAAUUGGUCCAGCUAAUAAGAUAGAAUACACUAUUGAAGAUUCGUCGAGCAAUCGUGCAACUUGCGAAUUUUUUGUUAAGGUUGAACCAAAGAGUUGUCCAGCAAGAGAUCCCCCUAUCAAUGGUGCUGUAGGUUGUAACUUUGUUGGCGGAUAUGGUCAUUUGUGUACAGUAAGUUGUCAGAAUCCUUACGACUUCAAUGGACCAAAAGCUCCAACAUAUGUUUGCAGCGUGGCUGGAUUCUGGAUGACGUUGCCACCAAAUCUUCCACUAAUGUGGCCAGAUUGCACAGCAAUGCAGCGUCAAGAAGGUAUGACACAAAAGAUGAAAUUCUUUUAUUUCUCCGGCAGUUGUCAUGACAGCAUACAAGCCAGGCAACAAAUCGCCGACAACUUUGUCAAAAUAUUAGACAAGGUGCUUCGCAAUGAGGGAGGCUGUGCAAAUGCUGCCAAUGGAAGAGUUUGCAAAGCAGAUAACGUGCAGAUCAAGUGCGGUAAGACACAAGCUGUAAAUGGUAGACGAAAGAGAGGGGCAACGAACACCAUGACUAUUCAAAUCGAUUUGGAAAUCCUUUCAAAAGAAGACAAAAACACACAAACUGCCGCAGUAAAGCACUUAUCUGGCAAUGUAAAAAACAUCAAACAAGACUCAUCAUCUGCUGCCAGUAAAGUCAAAGUUAUCCAAAUCAACCAAGAUUCUCUUGUUCUUGACCAUGUCGAGGAGGUUGGUUCAGUGACUGGUGUCUGUUUAAAAGGUAUGGUGUAUGACACAAUCAAGAAGCAAGUACAUGGUCAGAUUCAAGCUGAAGAAACAUGUGUCAGUUGUAUUGCUGGAAGUUACUUUGACACAGCAUUGAGAGAGUGCGUAAAAUGUCCAAAAGGAACAUACACGGAAUAUCCUGGUAGACUCGGUUGUUCAGCUUGUCCACAAGGCAAAACUACGAUGUCAAUUGGUACUUCUAAUUCUACACACUGCAAAGCUCCUUGUCAACCUGGUAUGUAUUCCUCUACUGGUUUGGAAAAUUGCAAAGCAUGUAAAAAAGGAAGUUACCAACCAAACUUUUACGGUACAAGUUGUCACCAGUGUCCAGGCUCCACAACAACUUUGGACGCGGGGAGUAAGAGAUUGAACCAAUGCGGAAUGUUGUGUCCUCGAGGUACUUUCUCACAAACAGGUGUGGAGCCAUGCUCUCCGUGCGCAGUUGGAUUUUACCAACCCAAUAAAGGUAGCAAACAGUGUAUGCGAUGCUCAGGAAAAUUUUCUACGCAUGGUAUGGGUGCAGUACAACAAACGGAAUGCAAAGUAAUUAACAACUGUAUCUCUUCGCCCUGUCUCAACGGAGCUUCGUGUCGUAGUGGUUGGAAUGAUUUUACAUGUGAUUGUAAACCCGGUUACAGUGGAAAGAAUUGCGAGGAGGAAAAAGAUGAAUGUGUUAGUAACCCUUGUUACGGCGAUGCCAAAUGUGUCGAUAAGGUUAACGGAUUUGCUUGCGUUUGCCCGCGAAAUAUGUAUGGAAAAUUUUGCUCUGAGAAAAAAAGCAGUUGUGAUUCUUCGGUUUGUCAAAAUGGUGGAACUUGCUACGAGAAACCAUCAGGCGUUGCUUGCACUUGUAGGGCAGGAUGGACAGGAAAGUUUUGCGAACGAACGAUUGACGAAUGUGCUUCUUCUCCAUGUUUAAAUGGCGCUACGUGCAUAGAUUCACAUCGGGGUUACAGUUGUGUGUGCCAGCCCGGUUUUGCCGGUUCAAGAUGCGAAGACAACAUUGAUGAUUGUGAAAAGAACAAUUUAUGUUUGAACGGCGGUGUAUGUGUCGAUGGCGUGCGCGACUUUACUUGCUCCUGUCCAGCUGGCUAUGCUGGUGACCGCUGUCAAAUCAACAAAGACGAAUGUGCGUCAAAUCCGUGUCGAAAUGGUGCCAUCUGCGAAGAUAAAGUAAACGGUUUCAAGUGUAAAUGUCCACCCACAUUUUAUGGAACUAACUGCGAGAAACGACGAAGUGUGGACAAUUUCGAUCUUGUUUUCGAUCGUGGUGUGCAAGGGUACGCAGAAACGUCUUUUCACAGAGACCUGAGCGAGUUUACCGCUGCAUUUUGGGUGAAAGCUUCUUCUGAGGACAUCGAAGCCGGAACGGUUUUGUCUUAUGCUGUUGGCGACGAUACCAACACCAUGGAUAAUGCAUUAGCCCUUCGUGACGUCAACAAUCUUCUUUUGGUUGUAAUGGGUGAAGAAGUGGAGACAAAUAUCUCUGUUGCUGACGACCAGUGGCAUCAUGUUGCUGUCUCUUGGUCCGCAAGAUCAGGAUCGUAUAAAGCAUAUAAAGAUGGUUUACCAGUGUCGCAGGGAGUGGGUUUCAAACAAGGAAAGUAUAUUCCCUCCGGUGGAGUAUUUAUCUUGGGCCAAGAGCAAGAUGAAGUAGGCAGAAAUUUUAGUGCUGGUGAAGCCUUAGACGGAUCUCUGUCGCAAUUAAACGUGUGGAAUUAUGUUUUAUGGCCUUCUGACGUCACUCAGCUUUCAGCUCACCGAUGUGAUCACGUGAUAGGCAACACAAUAGCAUGGCCUGAUUUUUAUGCAACUCUUUCAGAUGAGGUGAAGAAGGUGACAGACUUCUGCUCAGUUUCAAACACUAAGUUCUCUUCGUGGACCUCCAACCAAGCGUCGCCCUGCUCUGGCCGAACAAUUUCCGCGCAGUGCAUGACAUCGGAUAACAAAAACAUAAAUGCAUUGAACUUAAUUGACGCUAAAUGCACAACGAAUGGAUUUCAUUGUAAUAACGCAGACCAGAAGAAAUUCGAUUCAAAUAAUCAAAACAAAUGUCCAACCACUGUAAAGAUUCGAUACGAAUGUCCUUACUCCGGACGCAGUGACUGUACGUCUAAAAGUUGUAGUGGACGGGGAAAAUGUAUUGAAACUCUGAGCGGAUUCACAUGUCGUUGUAAUGAUGGAUAUAAAGGAAGAAAUUGUGAACAGGAGAUUGCUUGUGCAUCAAUCAAUACAUUUGCAAAUGGUCAUGUGUCAACGUCAGGUUUUACCUUCACAUUUUCAUGUAACUCUGGUUAUACAUUGAGCGGACAGCCACAGUUGCGGUGUACGGGUGGAAAAUUUAAUCAUCCUAUCCCAGAAUGCAUUGAUAUCAACGAAUGUGCAACGUCCAAUGGAAAUUGUCAACACAAAUGCGUGAACACGAUUGGUUCCUAUAAAUGUACAUGUAACCCUGGGUUUACAAAAUCAGGCACGGUUUGCGUGGAUGUGAAUGAAUGCUCACUGAACAAUGGAAACUGUCAAGAAAGAUGUAUGAAUGCUCACGGCAGUCACUCGUGUAAAUGCAGAACUAACUAUCGAGUAAGCGCUGAUAAAAGGUCGUGUGAAGAUAUCGAUGAAUGUGCUUCUAAUACUCACAAUUGUCAACAGUUGUGUGUGAAUACCAGGGCUGGAUUUAAGUGUCUAUGCAGACCUGGUUUCUACUUGGCCGCUGACAAAUCUUCUUGCAUCCGCGCUGCUUGUCCAUCAUUGCGCGCACCAUCGCAUGGAAAAGUGUCGCAGGGUUAUGGAUCAUACGAAACGACAGUUACCUACUCCUGCGAUAGAAAUCAUCGAUUGAACGGCCCUGAAGAAAGAACGUGUGGUGCUGAUGGAAAGUGGUCUGGUACUGAACCAUUAUGUGAAGCUGUCACCUGUGGUCCGUUAUCAAGUCCUUACAACGGGCAAGCUUCAAAGCGAGGAAGUGGCGAGGACAGCACAUAUACAUUUACAUGUUUGAAGGGUUUUCUAUUAAUUGGUGAUGCUAAAAGAAAUUGUAGAAAAGAUGGAAGCUGGAGUGGUUCCCAACCAAGAUGCGUGCCAUCCUACUGCACAUCCGUGGCUGCACCUUCUAAUGGAAUAGUUGUUGGAUCUUCAUUGAUUCUCGGAGCUACUAUUAUUAUCAAGUGCAACCAGGGAUACAUGUUAGCGGAUAAAUCAAGCAACUAUAGAACUUGUCAAUCGAACAGACAAUGGUCAGGACAAACACCCAAAUGUAUUGAGGUGAGUUGUGGUCGUCCCAAUCCUAUUCAAAACGGAGCAGUAACUGGUUUAUCUUUCAAAUACAACGCUCAGAUCAAAUAUUCUUGCAAUACUGGUUAUGGACUUUCUGGACCUCCUGUAAGAACUUGUCAGCUAAAUGGAGAGUGGAGUGGUAUCGCGCCUACAUGUUUGUGGAAUAGUUGUGGUUACCCUGGGGAACCAAAACACGGCGGCAUCUCUGGUAAAGAUUAUUCAUUCGGAAAGACAGUGGUUUAUUCUUGUGAAAAUGGGUUCCGCUUAAUCGGAGAUAGAGAAAGAAAAUGCAUGUUGAGUGGCAGAUGGACUGGCGCUGUUCCAGUUUGUCAAGAGAUUACUUGCAGUAAACCUUCAGUACCCACGCAUAGUGAAAUUACCGGCGACCGAUUCUCUGUUAACUCGACAGUUGUGUAUGACUGCAAGGCGGGUUAUUCUUUGAAAGGAGCACGAAAAUUGAUGUGUGGUUUAGAUGGCCGAUGGAGUGAUCAAGUACCAUCCUGUCAAGCUGGUGUGUGUGGAGCAGAUAAAUUAGUAGGACCACGUGGAAGCAUCACGUCACCUAAUUAUCCAAACUCGUAUGGCAAUAACGAAUAUUGUCGGUGGAAAGUUGUCUUAGCAACAAAUAAGCAGGUUGCUUUUACCGUGUCGUCAUUGGUAACCGCAGAAGGUGACGAUCGUCUGGAAUUGUACGAUGGAAAAAGCAAAGCAUUGAUGAUGGUGUUAUCUGGUACUCUGUCUAAACCGUUACAAAUCACAUCACCUAGCAACGAAGUUGACAUCAGGUUUGUCACGAAUCAAAAAAAUGUCGCUGAUGGUUUCUCUGCAACAUACGCUGAAACAUCCUGCGGAGGGCAUAUCACAUCAUUUGGGGCGAUCAUUCAGACACCUAAUUAUCCAGCGAAUUAUCCACAUGGCAUUACAUGUACGUGGCAAAUAGUUAUCCCGCAAGGAAAAUUAUCACUCCAAUUCGAGCGCUUUAGAACUGCGAAUAGCCAUGAUGUAUUAGAGGCAUGGAGUUCGGUAACUAAGUUGACCAAAGCAAAUAAAAUCGGCACAUAUUACGGCAACCGAGGAAGCUUUUUAAGGAUCGAUUCUUAUCAAAUUAUGUAUUUGAGAUUUAAAUCGGAUUCCGGUGUUACAGCAAACGGAUUCAAAGCCACGCUUGUAAAAGAUAGUGGAAUCACAAGUUAAAUUUCCAAUAUGUAUGCUUUAUUUUGUUAUGUUAUGAAAUAAAAUAGAAAAAAUGA